GGCGUCGGGCGGGAUGGGAGGUAGCGGCUCGGGCUCUGCGUUCGGCUAUGGGCUCUGAGCGCCGGGAGCCCCGGAGACCUGCCGGGAGAGCGGCCGCCGGCGGCACCGAGCGCCCUCGCUCCCCGCCUUAGGUUCGGGGCUUUCCGGGGGCGGGGGAACGGGCUCCGCCGGGUCCCCGAGAUAAUUCCUUACGGAGGCAGCAGCGCGGGGUUGCACUAAAAAACGUCGUGAUGUGACUGCGAGUUCGGCGUAGCCGCGAUGGAUGGAUGGAUGGAUGGAUGGAUGGAUGGAUGGAUGGAUGGACGGACGGACGGACGGACGGACGGACGGACGGACGGACGGACGGACGGACGGACGGACGGACGGGCUGUCCUCAGCCCGGUGACAGGCAGCGCCGGAGCGGAACGAGGCGGUGUCCGAGCCCGCCCGCCCGCGGCCGCUGUCCCGGCGCUGCCGCUAGCCCUGCCUGUCCCGCAGGGCUGCACGAGGGUGCAGAGAUGUUUCCCCGGCCGGAACAGAGGCAGUUCCACUGCAGCCGGGGCUUUUUCCCAAGGUUAUGGAAACCCUGCGCCUGGGCUUGGCGCAACGCGGAGCCGGCAGCCGUCGGCUGGAAGCGCGGUGCGGCUGGGCUGCCAUUCCCUGGCUCCCCGCCGCUGUCCCGGCCUGGGGUCCACCCUGCGGCUCGGGGCUCCUGCACCUCACACUCAGCCCCGCAGGGUCUCACCCGCUGCUGUCACAUCCACGCAGCAAGGGCAGGCCCGUGGUACAGAGCUAUUAGUGAAUAUAUCCUGCAGUAACUAUUCUCCUUCCAGUAUUUCGUUUCCAAGAACAGCUGUUGGGGAUGGAAGCACGAGCUGGAGUUCUACCACUGAGCUCCGAUACAGCUCCUAGACAAGAGCUAACAGGGCCAGAUUGGCCUGUAAAAAAGGGACAGGAGACAGACCCAGCACAAAGCAAUAAUAACAACAUGUUCUGCAACCAGAAGGAAUGUGGGAUAAUGACUACAAGGAACCAUCAAGGAAAGCGUCAGGAGCCUGAGGCCGCAUUACGUGUCUCCAGCAGCCAUGGGAGAGCAGCCUGAAGCCUCCACUUGAACGGACUACAGAGCCUGUAGUAAGAGCCUGCAGAGCACAGGGCUGCUUCCUCCCACCAGAUACCGUGAAGGCCUUUGAAGCCAACAUGAACAGAAGGACCUGGUUGCAAAAUCAGCCUCUGGGCACCUCAUGGAAAGGGACUGCUUUGGGCAGCAUCUCACAGGAGCACGUUCUCUGCAUCAGCUCAAAGCUCUGUCACAGAUGCAGAAUUUUGUCUUUAAGAAGAAAUUGAUAACUAAAACAAGAGAUCCAUCCAACGAGUCUUUGCAGGCCACUAAAAUGCUGGUUUGAUUCUUUCACAAGCCAAUAGUUGCAGUGCCAAGUUUCUGGCAGGAGGACUUUAGAACUGACAAGUCCUUCUAAAAGAGCAAUGCAGAUGAGCACCCAGUGUCUCAACUAUUCCACACCAGGAUUUUUCCUAUCAGGUACGAAACAGCUCAGGACAGUACCCACUCUCCUCUACAAUCUCCUUCCAGAACAAGCUCACUAUUUCCUUCCAGCAGCGUGUGAGCACUGCAGCCAUGCAGGAGUCUUCUUCCAAAUGUCAGGGUGCAGUCCCUCCGGUGAAAUGCCAAAUCAUAUCCAUCACCUUCUCCAGAAUUUCCAUGUGCCUGGGAGUCCCAGCACAGGCAUGAGAGGAUGGCUGCCAUGAAGGGGUUUAGGCCUUUCCUGCCUAAAGGAAUCAAGGAGGAAAAUAAAACAAGCCAAGACAGAGGUCAGCCUGGCAGCAUUUUCUAAGUACAGAACUCUGAACAAGAGAAAAGCUCUUCCCUGGCUAUGGGAACCCACCCUUAGAAAAUUCAACUUCCUCCCAUUGUUUUGCUUCUUUCAUAUAUUCUCCUUCUCUUUUUCACACAAAUUGGCAAUGAUGCCUGUCCCUGCUGCUACUGCCUACUGUUUUUGUGCCACCACAGCAGCCUGUCUGCAAAACAAAGUUACAGCUUCAGCCUGCAGGUGCCCCUGAUUUACGUAACUCACCCCAGAGAAACAGUUUGGAAUCAAAGAUAAUUCUUUCAUCUGACAGCUUUGAACGUUAGCAUGAAUUCCUCACCCCUCUAUAAAUUUUCAUGGCAUGCUGGCAACUAACCUCCAUUUCCCAAAUGAUUAGAUGUAACCCUUCUGUCCAUUUCCAGCAAAAAAACUCUGUGUUUUCACAGUAUUA